CUCCAGAUCGGGUUUCACUGCGGGGUGGAGCUCAGGGAAAGUUUUAGAUAAAGAGUGGCCUGGAAACAUCCCGAGAGCUUCUUCACACUCGCCCAGGAGACACCAAACAGCGUUAUUAUCCAAAAUGUUUCGUUGUGGAAUCUCGUAUCCGAGGUGCAGGUGGAUCCUGCCUCUGCUUCUGCUGUUUGCGAUCAUUUUCGACAUCAUCGCCAUCGCGGCGCAGUCCGGAUGGGUGGAGGACGAGAACGCGAAGACGCACUACGCCAGCAUGUGGAAGCAGUGCCGAGGCCGCAACGACCAGUGGGACUGUAAAUCUCUCAUGGAGCACCCAUGGGCCCAGGCAGUCGCCGCUCUGAUGAUCAUAGGCCUCAUCAUCCUCAUCAUCGCCUUCAUCAUCUCAUUUGUGGCUCUCUGCUGUACCCUCAACAUCAGUCUGCUGCCUUUGGUCGGAGGCCUCCUUAUUUUUGCUGUCAUCAUCCAGAUCAUCGCUCUGAUCAUCUACCCGGUCAAGUUCAACGAGCUGAUCUAUGAAGGUUAUUACGACUACACCUGGGCAUACGGCUUCGGCUGGGGGGCGACCGUCCUGAUGCUGGGCUGCGGGAUCCUCUUCUGCUGUCUUCCUCGCUACGAAGAUGAGCUUUCCGGCAUGGCCAAGACCAAAUACAUCUACACCUCUGCCUGAAACCCCCCAAAAACUCCACCUCUCAUAAAGGACAAUGUUAAGCCACCCAAGCCUAAAUGUCAAUGCUUACCGAUCUCCAAAAGCAUCGUCAUCUUCCUAAAUGAAACAUAGGAGCAUACUGACUUUGAUGAGGGCUGUCAGUGCAGCCAAACUGCUCGGUGCCCUCUUCUCUAACUUUUGGGGCUAAUGCUAUUAACGUGUAUUUUGAUUCAUUUUUUUAUUGUUAUUAAUCAUUCACAAAUUGGCUUUGAUGUGUGUGUGUGUGUGUGUGUGUGUGUAUGUAUGUGUGUGUGUGUGUGUGUGUGUGUGUGUGUGUGUGUGUGUGUGUGUGUGUGUGUGUGUGUUUUUUUUUAUAUAUCACUCAGCACAGAUUGAACUCCACAAAGCAUUAUUCAAAAUCUCUAUAUCAGACCGUUUACAUUAUAGCGUCCAUCACAUAUUACUGUUCAUGUAAAUAUAAUUCAUUUUAGUUAGUAAUAACAUUGAUACAGUUAAGAAAAUAAUUAAAAAUACAUGUAGUUUGCUUUGAAUUUACACUGUAACGUGAACACUGCGAUGCAACGUGUGACUGAGUUUUGUUAUUUGUAUAUUUCUUAAACGUCUCUACAUAACAACAUUAAGAAAAUAUUUUUAUGAUGUAACUGUAUUUUUACAUUAAUGUGUCACUGUAUGUCAGGCCGUUCUUGUUAAUCACAGUAGCGGCUGUGCAUGCUUGAUUGCACACUUCCUGAAGUGCUCUUACUGUCAGUGAAGAAUGUGUGUUUUGUGUUUGGCUGGCCAAAGUGAAGUGAACAAAGAGGGUUUUCCUGAGCUUGGCUUUACAGUUAAAUAGUUGAACAAGUGGAUAAAAAUACAAAACACAGUAACCUGAUGUUUUUCUUGGAAACUUUGAAAAUCUUGAUGCAUUCAUGCCGUGAUCAGUCAAUUUCAAUUAGUCACUUUGAUCUGGAAAAAUGUAUAAAAGUACUUUGCUUGUGAACUUUGCAAACUUUUAGGUUUUUUGGAGCAUUUUACUAAACUCAAUUUUUUUCACUUUGUCAUUUGCAGUGAUAUGAAUUGUAAACCAAUCUUCAAUAAAGGGGAGACUUUCUGUUAAGACACCAA